AUGGAUUCAAAAAUAGAAGAGACACCAAUUCAAGCUCCAGUAGAAGAACCUAAAGCCGAAGAAGCCACUCCAACAGAAGCACCAGUUGAAGCACCAGUUGAAGCACCAGUCGAGGCACCAGUUGAAGCACCAGCUGAGACUCCAGUAGAAACACCAGUUGAAGCUCCAGCAGAAGCACCAGCUGAGACUCCAGCAGAAACACCAGCUGAAACUACAACAGAAGCACCAGCCGAGGCACCAACAGAGACACCAACAGAAGCACCAACAGAAGCACCAGUCGAGGCACCAGCAGAAGCACCAGUAGAAACACCAGUUGAAGCACCAGUUGAAGCACCAGUCGAAGCACCAGUUGAAGCACCAGUCGAAGCACCAGUUGAAACAGCAGCUGAUGCCCCAGUAGAAGCACCAGCUGAGACACCUGUUGAAGCACCAUGCAAUGAAUGUGAUUCAGUUGAACCUCCAAUUGAAGCUCCUGUUGAAGCCGCAGUAUGUGAAAGUGCCCCAGAACAAACUGUUGAGGUAGCAGAGGAAGCCUCAGUUCUUGAAGCUCAAUGUCCAAAAAAAGCAAUUAUUGAUGAAAUUGCUCAAUUGACUGAAACUAUUAAAGCAUCUCUUGCUAAGAUUAAUGAACUUUGCAUGAGCCUUUAA